AUGGCGUCCCGAGGCCCCCAGCCCAGUGCCGAGGUCCCCCGAGUCCCCAUCCCCCGGGCAUGCUGUACCUCGUCCGGGCCCCCGGCGGCGUUCUCGGGGUUCGCGGUGGCGUUCUGGGGGUUCGGGAACCUGGAGCUGUUCCCUCUUCGCAGCAGCAGCUCUUCGCCGGGAGCCCGUUUCCCCCUCAAGGACCCAGGUGGGGGCGCCUGUCCAGCCCAGACCCCUGCGGAGGUGGGGCGUCCCGCCUGCUGCCUCCCCCGGAACGUGCUCAGCGAGAGGGAGCGCAGGAAGCGGAUCUCCCUGAGCUGCGAGCACCUGCGGGCGCUCCUGCCCCGGUUCGACGGCCGGCGCGAGGACAUGGCCUCCGUCCUGGAGAUGUCUGUCCAGUUCCUCCGGAUGGCGGGCACCCUGCUGCCCAGCGGGGAGCAGCAGGCUGUUCUCGGCCCCACCGAGGAGGAUUGGCACAAGUGGCAGCUGAGCCAGACCCCAGCAGAGGCACCCGGGGCCGGGACGGGAGCACCCGGGACCGUGCCGCAGGACGCCCCGAGCGGUGUGACCACAGGUGUGGACCAGGGCAAGGCCCCCACGGGGGUGGCCGAGGCGCUGGACAGGCCAGCAGUCCUCCCUGGGUCUCUGGGCCGAGGGGCCGUGCUGGUGGCACAGCUGGGCGUGGGCGGGGCUGGAGGCUCUCGGAGCCAGUGGCUUCUGCGCUGGUCCGUGCCCACGUGUGGAGUGGAGGACGGGCCGUCCUUGCUGCUGAGUGCCAGUCCCAAGUGGUGGCUGGGGUCCCCGGAGGGCAGAGACAGUAGUGCCCCCUCGGGGGCCCCGGCCGGGAGCCCGCUGGACAGGACGGAGCCGGGCUUCCUGGCGGACCCUGAGCCCAGCGCCCAGGAGACCCCGGACGGCCCCCUGGAGCCGUGGGGCUGGGAUGUGGGCUGCCCCAGCCUGGCCUUCCGGGACGAGGUGGACAGCAUCUUCCCCGACUUCUUUGCCAGCUAG